AUGGCCGACUUUACAACAAGAACCGGCGACGUGCUAGAUCGCGCAGUGGUCGAAACCACCCUCCGACGACGCAUGUUCUAUACCCCUUCAUUCGAGAUCUACGGUGGAGAGCGCGGGUUGUUCGACUAUGGGCCCCCAGGAUGCGCCCUGCAAGCCAAUGUCGUGGACCUUUGGCGGAAGCACUUUGUUCUGGAAGAAGACAUGCUCGAGGUUGACUGCACCAUGUUGACUCCCGAGGCGGUGCUGAAAACUAGCGGGCAUGUGGACAAGUUCGCCGACUGGAUGUGCAAGGACCCAAAGAGCGGGGAGAUCUUUCGUGCAGACCACCUGGUAGAGGGCGUGCUCGAGGACCGGUUGAAGGCGGACAAGGUUGCGCGUGGCCAGACAGUUGAAGUUGAUGAGGCGAAAGAGGCCAAGAAAAAGAAGAAGUCCAAGGAAGCAAAAGUCGAGAAGCUCGACGACGCGCUAGUGCAGGAGUACGAGGAGACUCUGGCCAAGAUUGACAACUAUGGAGGUGAUGAGCUCGGAGAGUUGAUCAAGAAGUACAACAUCAAGGGUCCUACAACAGGCGUCGAUCUCGAGCCUCCGAAGGCUUUCAACCUCAUGUUUCAAACUCAGAUUGGACCCAGCGCCGAUAAACCCAACGGUUACCUCCGCCCGGAGACUGCUCAAGGACAAUUCCUCAACUUCCAGAAGUUGCUCGAAUUCAACCAGCAGUCAAUGCCGUUCGCAUCCGCCUCGAUUGGAAAGUCCUUCCGCAAUGAAAUCUCUCCGCGAUCCGGGCUCCUGCGUGUCCGUGAGUUCUUGAUGGCCGAGAUUGAACAUUUCGUGGACCCAGAAGGUGGAAAGAAGCAUCCCCGAUUUGACGAAGUCAAGGACACAAAGUUGUCUCUCCUGAACAGGAAGACACAGCUCGCCGGAAGCACAAAGCCUGAUACUGUGACGAUUGGGGAAGCCGUCUCAACCGGUCUAGUCGACAAUGAAACCCUCGGAUAUUUUCUCGUCAGAAUUCAAGACUUCCUGCUGAAACUCGGGGUAGACCACUCGAAACUGCGCUUUCGCCAGCACAUGGCCAACGAAAUGGCACAUUACGCUGCAGACUGUUGGGAUGCCGAACUGUUCACCACCUACGGCUGGAUCGAGUGCGUCGGAUGCGCAGACCGCAGCGCUUACGAUUUGACGGUGCACAUGAACAAGACGGGCGCGCCGCUCGUAGUCCGCGAAACACGAGCCCAACCCCUCGUCAUAGAAGAAUACCAAAUCGACCUGGAGCGCAAGAAACUCGGCCCCAAGUUCCGCAAGGAUGCCAAAGCGGUCGAAGCCGCGGUGGACGCUCUCUCACAAGACCUACGCGAAAAGUUGUCGAUAAAGUUGUCGCAGGACGGGAAGAUCGAGGUCGACACGCCAGGUGUGGGAAGUGGAAAGACGGAGCUCGAGAAGGACCUUAUCAAGAUUGAGAAGAGGAAGCGAACGGAGCAUGUGAGAGAAUAUACGCCCAACGUUAUCGAGCCCUCGUUCGGUAUCGGCCGCAUCCUCUACAGCGUGAUGGAACACGUCUUCUGGGUUCGUGAAGGAGAUGGCGCUCGCGGAGUGCUGUCCUUUCCCCCUAUCGUUGCACCGACGAAAGUCUUGCUCGUCCCUCUGUCCGGCCAUCAGGAUUUCAAGCCUUUCAUCAAGAAACUCACCAGCCGUCUCCGACGCGUCGGGGUGUCCAAUAAAGUGGACGACUCGUCCGCCAGUAUCGGCAAACGCUACGCUCGCAACGACGAGCUCGGCACACCCUUCGGCAUCACCAUUGAUUUCCAGACGGUCAAGGAUAACACACUGACACUGCGAGAGCGCGAUUCCACCAAGCAAGUCAGGGCCAGUGAGGACGACAUCAUCGGCGCUGUGAAGAGCAUGGUCGAUGGAGAGGAGACCUGGGAAGAUAUCGCGAAGAGAUUACCUGCUUUCGAGGGGCAGGAUUUGGAGUGA